GAACGUCCUCAUCAAUGCACUUUUGCAACCUGCCAAAAACGUUUCUCGCGCUCGGACGAAUUAACCAGACAUAUGCGCAUUCACUCAACCACCAAGGCGAAGAAGGAGCGCUCCACAGCUCCACUCUGUCACAUCUCGAUCAAGCCUUUUAUGAAGGUAGUCAUGCUCAUCUCCGACACCGAGUCCGAUGCUACGGCCUCGCCUCUUUUCACACCCGAAUCUUCGCCUGUCCCUAAUGCCUUGAAUCAUUACACUCAGUCUUGUGAUCACGUUCAACAACAGCAACGACAGCAACAAAUCUCUACACAAAUUCAAUUCCAGAAUAGUAGCAAUAAUUCCUAUCAUCAUCAUCAGCAGCAACAGCAGCAGAAUGAUCAGAUCCAACAUUUCCAGGGCUUCACAACCCUACCACCCUUGAGUCCCAUGCAAAGCCCCAAGAAGAAUGCACCAAUGUUGUUGCCUCCCCCUGUGUUGGCGCCCUUCCGCGCCUCACAACCGGUGACCUUGCCUCCAUUCUCAGAUAUCAUGAAGUCGCUGUGUAUUUAAACGACCGCAUGUCCUCCUUUCCAUUCUCACAAGAAGAAAGCAAGGAACAACAGAUAUCCUUUUAUUAUUGUGUUUUUCAAUGACCUUUCCUUUUUAUUACUAUUGUUACUAUUAUUAUUAUUCGAUUACUUGUAUACAUAGAACUUCUUGCUUGCUACAAUACCUGCUACAACUAUUUACGACUACUCUUACUGCUAACAAUAGCAUUGUAAAAUACACUUGAAUAUUAAUUGCAUUCUUUAAAUGACCUUUUUUAUUUUAAAUAAAUAUGAAUUUGUGUACACAGAAAAAAAA